UGUUGCGUCAACGUGGCCGCAGAGGGGCGCUGGCGGCGGCGGCGCCAACACACUGUGAACAAACAUUGACCAAGCACGCACUGCGCUCCGGGCCUCGACAACUUGCCGCAACAUUCUUAGCGUAAAAGUUAACGUGGAUGGUUUACUCUAUGUAAUUUGCGAUGUACGAGUUGAUACUAAGUUUUCCCUUUGACGACAAUAGUGCGACCGACUUGUGACGUAUUUCGAACUGCCACUGUGCUGUAAACGAUGUGUUUUGCUGAUGUUUCCACGAGAAUGUUUUCUUUGAAUUCCAUGGAGAUUGGAAAAUUCGUGCAAAAUGCAAUUAUACGCUACGCUGAUGUAAAUAAUUGAAGAAAAUGAACAGAAAUUAUAGUAGAAGGGUCGCUGACUUCCACGAUGAACAUUGCUGCGCGGCUAAUGUCACCGGAAACUUCCGGCGCAGCUCCUCAUUGCGGCUGCGCGGGGAGAAAAUGGUGCAGCGCUCGCCUCUUGCAACCAGGAAAUUAAUACCAAUAAUCACGGAAAAUACACAUCAAAAACAACGCAGCGAUGUGCCACGACUCCAAGAGCCUGGCCAUCGCCAGCGAAGCCAUUCAUUUAACUCAAAUUCUCAUCAAAAACCGAAAAAAUCGUGCUUGAAACCACAGGAGACUGGUUUAGACAGGAAACUGAGCAUGACUGAUUCUGCUCAUACUCCGCCUGGCUCUCCAGAAGACUUGCCGGAUGAUGAAUCUCUUCAUAGUUAUGGCAGUGCUGCCACAGCUGCCUCGGUUGAUGCUGGUUAUGCUCCAUUCAACGGCACCACAUUCAGUGGGCGCUCCAUGAGAUAUGUAUUGCAUUGCUCAUCACAUGCUGGGCUUGCUGGAGAUGAAUAUUUAACACCAACUCAGAGAGCCCAAAAACAGAUCCGUCGACUAAAGAAUCUACUAAAUCAAGCUAAAAAAGAUCUGGAGAAAAAAGAUAGUGAAAUAUUUCAACUCACAAAAGAAGUAGUGGAACUGCGACUGUACAAGGCUUCAAUAUGCUCACCAGAUGAGAAAUCCAAUUCUAGUGAAAUAGUAACCAUCAGAGAAAAUGCUGAUGAGGCUUCCAUUGAGCAAGACAGUCCUAAGCAUGCCGACACAUGUAGAUCAUUUGACAUCACUGACAGUCCAUUGUAUAAAAACCAAACACCAACAAGAUGUCGCAAUGAAAUGCAAGGUUCUUUUACUGACUCGGGACAUUUUGAUGACCUUACCAACUCAUCUUUACAUUCCAAGGAAUCAGUGCAUAUGUUAACACAUGAGGCUUCCUGCAUGACAGAAAUAGGUGAUGGUGAUGAGGAGCGUCGUAGCCUUAUAAUGUAUUAUGAGAAAAAAAUAGAAGACAUCAUAAGAUCACAUGUUGGUGAGACACAAGAACUGAAAAAACAACACAAUGAUAAAGUAGAGUCUUUACUACAGAAGUUGGCAGAUGUGAACACCCGGUACUGUGAGCUACUGCCUAACUAUGAGCAAGCCAAGGAGAGGAUUCACUCUCUGGAGAAGCAGCUGGAUGAGCUGAGCAAACAGUUGCAAGACGAGGAAAGCAGACACCGGGCUGUGUAUCUUCAAAUGUAUAACAAAGGUGUUGAAGCUGCUAAAUUUGAGUUGGACAAGGAUGAGCCAAGUACUUCACAAGGCCAAGUUAGCCGACUGUCUGUGGAGGAACUACUGGCACAGUUGCAGAUUACUCAGACCGAGCUCGAGCAAGUUCGAGACACGGCAUUCACAGAGGACCGAUCAGCAAAGUCACAAGUACUGCUAAGUGCAAAGGAGGCUAUUUCUUUAUGGGUCCUAGGAGCUCGAAAGGCAAUGUACCGUCGCAUUGUCGAGUCGCAGAGGGGUAGCAAGACCAAAGUAGAUCCAGAAGUGACAUUGCAGUUCCUUAAAUCGGCCAUUUAUUACUUCUUAACGGAUCCCGAGAACCACCAGGGACACCUUAACGCCAUCGAGAACAUUCUUGGCUUCAAUGAGACAGAAAAAAAGAAUAUUCGCAAGGCAAGGACAUCGUAAGAAAGACUGCUGUGAACGUGUGAUAUGACUUUAUUACUAGAUAAUUUUGUUACUAUUUAGAUAGGUGUUAAUUUUAUUAUUUGUCGUCUGAGACGAGGUAGCUCAUAGUUUUGGUUUCCUCUUGCUGUUUUGUGGGAAUAAUAUAGCAAAGUGGCUAAGCCAUACAUAGUAGUAGUGCAGGUAUGGUUGCAGAAGGCCCAACAACAUCAGGGUUAAGCCUACUCACGGACACCAGGAUCAACAAAAUCAAGAGUUACAAUCCAUGUCUUUAUUAAAAGAAAAGACAUGGGUACCGAGCCAAGAAAUGCUUGAGGAACCAAACAAAAGUUGUUUACACAACUAAUAGGGCGCAUCUAGAUGGUAUACGUUUGCACAUAUAAUCAUAAGAUUUCUUAUUGUUUUUAUUUGUUAUUUCUUAGUUACUUACAUUUUUAUUUGCUAGGUUUUAAACCGAAUUUAUUUUCUUGAUUGUGAUUUUUUUUAUUAUUAGUUUGUAAGCACCAAAGAUCGAGUUUUUAUAAUCAAAUUGUGCAAUUUUGACUUUAAACAUAAGCAUAAUAGUAGCGAAUCUUACAUUCAAGCUGCUUAGAGUAAGUGUUAUAUUUCUAUAAUUAUGUUCCUUUUGGUGUUGUUUUCCUAUCUUUGUGAUUUUUUUUACUUUGCAUGCUGGUCAGCAUUUUAUAUUACUUAGUAUGGAUAAAAUGAAAAUUGCAAUUAAAUAUAUUUUACUUAUUAAGUAACAAUUAGGUCAAAAUAUGUCGUAAUAACCAUUUCCAAAACCAAAAUUGCAAAACUUUAAAUUCGUGGUUUAUAUCAUCAAACCUACAAAACAACUAUUUCACAAGUUUUCGUUUUGGGAAUGCCUCUCAAUAACUUGAAGAUAAAUUUUAUUGACGACAAUAAUUUAGAAAUGCACAUAAUUAUAGUACUUGUUCCAUCCAUCUUGAAUAGUAGUGCAAAGCACCUCCAUCCUGUAGUUGCACAAAAUUUAUCUUCAAUUGUUAUUCGUUUCUCGAAUUAAAUAUGACCUGCAUUUCAUAGUGAUUUAUCGAUUUAUUCUUGCCACCCUUGAAGUUGCAUCUGUGAUUAAAUGUACCUUAUAGUGAUGACAGUGCAUAAUAUCUGUUAACUUUUAUUGUGAAUAGGUACACUCUAAUAUUCCAUUCGAUAGUUUAUUUAUCCUACUUAUGUUAUGAUUGUUAUUUACAUGCGUCAGUGACAACACUGAAGCUUGCCGCGGUAAUGUUUCAAGGCAAGGCAUUGUAGAAGUAGUCCUUAUUGACUCGCUAUUUUGAUAUCCGACUUAUUCCGUUUUGUAGUGUGUAUAUAACGUACUCUUUUCAGUUUGGAAUUUUCAAAAACAUGUGUUUUAAGCAUGUUUUUCUGUUAAUGUCAAAAUGAAAAGAUUUCAAGCUACUUAUACUUUUCUAGGAUAUCUAUGAGUAUUUAAAUAUCGAAUGGGAUAUAAAGCAUAAUAUAUUGUUAAAUGCUAUUUUAUUAUUACUUGAGGCAAAUAUAUGCAAAUUUUCUAUUUUUGCAUCUUAUCUUGCCUCCAUGGAUUAGGAAUGCCGUGAUACUAAGCUAUUUUAGUAGCAUUGUUAACGUCCGAUAGGUUUACAAAUCUUGUACAAUAGGUAUUUUAGAUUUGAUUUAUAUUUUAUUUUACUAUAGAUGUUAUCACUAGUAAAUAAAAUACAUGACAUUAAUUACAACAAUAAAAGUAUUUCUAGCACUUUUAAGUUGCUUGCUUUGGUUCUCAAUAUAUGGUAAAUGGAUAAUUUA